CCCACCUUUCUCUCGCUUUAUUUAAAAAAAAAAAUUCUAGGGUUUCGAUCUGAGUAUUAGGGGUUCGAUCAAUCUUUAAUCUCUUAAAAUCUUGAUCAUUAACAGAAACCAAGCGAGGAAAUGGGACAGAUUCAGUACUCGGAGAAAUACUUCGACGAUACCUACGAGUACAGGCACGUUGUCCUCCCGCCUGAUGUUGCGAAGACGCUGCCCAAGAAUCGCCUUCUCUCUGAGAACGAGUGGAGCGGAGUUCAGCAGAGCAGAGGGUGGGUACACUACGCGAUCCACCGCCCGGAGCCUCACAUCAUGCUCUUCCGUAGGCCUCUUAACUACCAGCAGCAGCAGGAGGCUCAGGCUGCGAUGCUCCAGAAGUGAAACCCUAGUCCACAUGAUCUUUUCAACCUCUUGCAUUGAAAGAUUUGGGGUUUGGGUGUCUCGUUUCGCUUGUUGUUUUGUCGGGAUUAAAAUGAUAUAUUGCUAUCAUCUUGAUGUGAUGAUGAAUGUCGAACUGUGUUUUGGUUCUUUAGUGAUGCUAUGAACACUCGGUUUAGUCUGCAGAUGAUGAUACGCGUCUAAUGCAUUAUGGGUUUGUUCAUGUUUUUUUCGAAUGCCAUUGAGCUUUUGCACGAAUCAGAGUUGAGCCUGUUUAUAUGAAACUGAACUUAGAAUAUAUGACAUGCUAAGUUUUCUUUUUAAA